AGACUUGGUAAAAUCAGGGGAAUGAUCGAAUCGGUUCUUAUACUUUAGCGAUGUCCCAGGUUUGCCCGUCCUCGUCCCACCAACUCGUCGCAGCCUCCAUCGCUUUUCAACGUGCUCGGCGCAAGUUCCCAAAAAAUUACGGUCUAUACGGUAACCAAGAGGUCGCGACUAAUCUCGAUAAGACAGAAAGCGUCAUGGCGAACGAACCCCCGAACGAUCAGGAGAACCAGACGUUUUCAUCGAAGAAAUGCCCAAACGGAAGGUCGAGUCCCGCGGAGACUAAGCCAGCCUGGAGCGACGAUUGCGAAGAAAAUAGCACGAUCAAGGAGAACUUACUUCAGAAACCAAUAAUCUGCAGUUGCUGUCGUAAACGCAACGAGGCUGCAAGAGCCAACGAACCGUCGAGAAUUUUCAAGACCAGAGAUCAAUGCAGCGCCGGGGAUGCGCUUGACGUCGUUCCAAACGAAGAGUACAAUGGGAUCGCGAAGAAAGGCGAUCUUUCCAAAUCGGUGCAGCCAGAAAGUUGCGCCGCCAAAACGACGAAAAGUUUUAUAUCGGAGUCGAGAAAUUCUAGCCGUGGCCGCACUUCGGUUUCCCAUUCACGAAGGCGUAGUCCGAAAGAAACUUCGACCAAAUUGGAUUCCGUUAAUCUUCUGUACGACAGAGCCCACGAUCAAGAAGAUAGCGUUAAAGGUAACAGCUCGUCCGAGAAACGGAACUGCAACGCGGGAGCCAGCGCCGAGAAAUCCGAUCAUCGUAUUUCGCGAUCGAAGCUGAAUCUGUUCGACUCGCACAAGAACGAUUCGAUUGCUGUUCACCGUACUCACGAUUUUCAUUGCGCGAAACACUCCACCGUUGAUUUGUUGCGGUCCCGACGGGAUUAUUGUCGUUCUCAGAAUCGUCAUCGGUGCCACCAUCUUCACAACUGCUGUCAUCAGCGCUACGACGAGGAACACCACAGCUGCUUAUCGAAGGAAAAACCACGUCUCGUGUCGGACACCUGCCUCUGUUCCUCAAACGCCACCCGGCAGAAGGGUUGCUGCAACAAAUCUGAAGCGAAGUGCGAGUCAUUCUGCCAUCACGAUUGUUGCCUGAAAGAUUUGGAGAAUGUAUCAACGGUUCAGGAGCAAAACGACGAGGAAUACGACGAUUGCGUGGCCACGAUCAGUCACAAGGAUUCCUUGUGCAUUUUGGUAGAGAAGUACAAGGCCAGCAAGAGGUGCAAACACAAGAAAUGGCCGGGCGAAACAGAAUUCAUGGACGAAAGGACCAAAGACGAAUGCUGUAAAUCGUUCACCUCGGAAAUUAGUCAAAUGGAAGAAAACGCGAAACAACGAGAGAAAUAUUUCGACAGCGACAACUAUCGGUUUCGAGACAAUCGUAUGUCGAUAGGGAAAGCGUGCAGGGGUGACUAUAAUCAGCUAAAAAAUUUGAGAUCACGUUUAGUGAAGACUGGGACUUGUUGUUCAGCGAAAGGUACACCUUGGAGACACACAUUUUGAAUCCGAACAAAUCUCGACCGUACGUUAUGCUUUUGUACUAGUAUUGUUUUUAGCCCUUCCGUUUGUUCUUUAUUUGCUAUUUUUCUAUAAAAACGUUCGUUAAGAUGUCCUGGUGUUUUCUCUGAUCUGUACUUUGCAAGGAAAUUUCAGUUCGGUCGAAAACGUCGAAAACGGUUUAAAGGGUUAUGCAAUAUUUGGAAUUGACAAAAUGGGGCGGUUUAAUAGAAAACUUCAAGUCUUUAAGUCUUAUAAAGGUAAAAACAUCUUAUCAGACAUGUUAUUUCUGUUUUGGGUCAACUUCGAUACUACAAAUAGCACGUUUAUAAUUUUUUAAGUAACAAAGAUGAUUCAGAUCAAGCUUUUACUUAUGUAAGACUGAAAGAUUGAAGUUGACUUCACAAUCUUUUGUCCUUUGAUUCUCUUUUCCAUUUUAUAAUUUAAAUUUCUGGGUUAAUAUCAGAAAAAAAUUAAUUUUCUCUAAUACCAGAAUCUCAAUUUGAUUGGUUUCAACGAAAAAUUCAUAUAGUCCAUCGGUACAUAAAUAAAAAUAAAAAUUCAUUUACACAAUGUUUAUAAAAAUCAAUUUCUAAUACUUUUCGAACACUUAAGUAACCAUUCUAAUCAACCCUCGACAGUCUUAUUAAAAACCCAACUUUGUCGAUACUUUACAGACAUAUUUCAGACACCUUACUCUUUCAAAAAAAUAUAAUUAAGCAAUAUUCGGCAUUUUAAACAUUUAAAGUGAGAGAACUCCUUAAAAAUGUUCACGAAAUUAAAAUCCUCCUUUCCACGUGUCUGCUUUCUACUUUUUACGCGUGUGUGUAUACCUGGCCACUUUAUAUUUAUGGAAUUUUCAUUAAAACUGCUGUAAAGUUUCCGAGCGAAUAAUUUUCAUUCUGUGCUUCAUUUUCUUCCAUGUACUCUUUUUUUAAAAAGAGAAAGGGUACAUGCACACCAACAGGACACGACUCCGUUACACAAACUCAUGCGCUGGCGGUGUUCAGCAAGCUUAUUUUUUAAAGUAUAUUACGCUAAUAAAGUUAAUCAACUUAUUUUGGAGGUAUAUUGCUUUAAUAAAGUUAAUAAAUGAGGGCAUUUAUAUCAUUCCGCCGCAUCGCCCGGGGUACCUGUCUCUUGGGCAACAUUUGGCUCCUCCUCUGUCUCCUCGUGCUUGUGCUCCUCCUCGGGUUCUUUCGUUUCUUCUCCCUUCUCUUGGUCUGCAACAGUUUCGUUAUUAAUUGAUUCGCGCGAAAUAAAUUUCUUUCCGUGGAUACUGCCGUGAAAUAUUAUUAAUUACUUUCAGACUUUACAAUUGCUUGUGAGAAAAAU